CGGGCGGGGCAGGCGCGCAAGCCCAGGGGAAACAGCUCGCCGCUACCAGGACCCCAGGAGCCCGCCCCGCCUCCUGCCCGCGGAGGCCAGACUGGCGUAACGUUGGGAGAGGGCAGCACUAGGGCCCCAGACUGCAGGAGGCUGCGGGGGCGGGCGUGUGGUGGGCUGCAGAGACCGCCGUGGCCCAGACAGCUGGCCCAGGCCUGAGCGUUGGGACGGCUCUGCAGGAGCCUGGUACUCGAGCUUCCCACAGGGAGGGUGCAGCUGCUUUGGAGCCUCCUUCCUUGGAAGACCGAAGGCCCCUGCGGCACCCGGCACCCGGCACCCAGCACUCAGGGCGGUUUCACUGAGGGGAUUGGAGACGUGGCACGAUGAGGAGCCGGAGUAACUCGGGGGUUCGGCUGGACGGCUACGCUAGGCUGGUGCAUCAGACCAUCCUGUGCCAUCAGAAUCCAGUGACUGGCUUGCUUCCAGCCAGCUACGAUCAGAAAGAUGCCUGGGUCCGGGAUAAUGUGUACAGCAUCUUGGCUGUGUGGGGUUUGGGCCUGGCCUAUCGGAAGAAUGCAGAUCGGGAUGAAGAUAAGGCAAAGGCCUAUGAACUGGAGCAGAGUGUAGUGAAGCUGAUGAGGGGACUGCUGCACUGCAUGAUCAGACAGGUGGAUAAAGUAGAGUCCUUCAAAUACAGUCAGAGUACCCAGGAUAGCCUCCAUGCCAAGUACAACACAAAAACCUGUGCCACUGUAGUGGGUGACGACCAGUGGGGACACCUGCAAUUGGAUGCUACCUCCGUGUACCUGCUCUUCUUAGCACAAAUGACUGCCUCAGGACUUCAUAUCAUCCACACCCUAGAUGAAGUCAAUUUCAUCCAGAACCUUGUGUUUUACAUUGAAGCUGCAUAUAAAACUGCUGACUUUGGUAUAUGGGAACGUGGAGACAAGACCAACCAAGGGAUCUCAGAAUUGAAUGCCAGUUCAGUUGGAAUGGCAAAGGCAGCCCUAGAAGCAUUAGAUGAACUAGAUCUGUUCGGUGUGAAAGGUGGGCCCCAAUCAGUUAUUCAUGUCCUUGCUGAUGAAGUACAACACUGCCAGUCUAUCCUUAAUUCAAUACUUCCCCGGGCUUCAACAUCCAAAGAAGUUGAUGCUAGUCUACUUUCAGUUAUAACCUUCCCAGCCUUUGCAGUAGAAGAUAAUCAGUUGGUGGAGGUCACAAAACAGGAAAUCAUCACCAAACUUCAGGGUCGUUAUGGCUGCUGUCGCUUUCUACGAGAUGGAUAUAAAACCCCUAAAGAGGAUCCCAAUCGUCUAUACUAUGAACCAGCUGAGCUGAAGUUAUUUGAAAAUAUAGAGUGUGAAUGGCCAUUGUUCUGGACAUACUUUAUCCUCGAUGGCGUCUUCACUGGCAAUGCUGAACAGGUUCAAGAAUAUAGAGAGGCUCUUGAAGAAGUCCUCAUCAAGGACAAAAAUGGAGUCCCACUUCUGCCCGAGCUAUACAGUGUUCCCCUUGACAAGGUUGAUGAAGAAUAUCAAAAUCCUCACACUGUGGACCGAGUCCCCAUGGGAAAAUUGCCUCAUAUGUGGGGUCAGUCUCUAUACAUUUUAGGAACUUUGAUGGCAGAGGGAUUUUUAGCUCCUGGAGAAAUUGAUCCCCUGAAUCGUAGGUUUUCAACUGUACCAAAGCCAGAUGUUGUGGUUCAAGUUUCCAUUCUAGCUGAGACAGAAGAAAUUAAGGCCAUUUUAAAGGACAAGGGAAUUGAUGUGGAGACCAUUGCUGAGGUGUACCCCUUCAGAGUACAACCAGCUCGUAUUCUCAGCCACAUUUAUUCCAGCCUAGGGUGUAACAGUAGAAUGAAACUCAGUGGCCGACCCUAUAGACAUAUGGGAGUCCUUGGAACAUCAAAACUCUACGACAUUCGGAAAACUAUCUUUACCUUCACUCCACAGUUUAUAGACCAGCAACAGUUCUACUUGGCUCUGGACAACAAUAUGAUAGUGGAAAUGCUUAGAACAGACCUCUCCUAUCUCUGUAGCCGCUGGAGGAUGACAGGACAGCCCACCAUCACCUUCCCCAUCUCACACACCAUGCUUGAUGAUGAUGGAACCAGCUUGAAUUCAAGUAUCCUGGCAGCACUCCGAAAAAUGCAGGAUGGCUAUUUUGGUGGGGCAAGGGUUCAAACAGGUAAAUUAUCAGAGUUUUUGACAACAUCUUGCUGCACACAUUUGAGUUUCAUGGACCCUGGACCUGAAAGUAAGCUGUACAGUGAAGAUUACAAUGACUAUAGUGAGCUAGAAUCCUGUGACUGGAUGAAUAGCUAUGAUUCAACCAGUAAUGUUCACUGUGGUGAUGACGUUGCUCGUUAUUUAGAUCACCUUUUGGCGCACACUGCUCCCCAUCCUAAACUAGCCCCUACCUCACAGAAGGAAGGGCUAGAUCGGUUCCGACCUGCUGUACAAACAACCUGAAAUAUAAUGUCCUUGGUGACCAAGGCCAUGGAGCUGCAUAUACAGAAUGUUCACAGGUAUCUUCCUGUAAAGAUAGUUCAGGCUUCCCGGCCUUCAUUCAACUUACUUGACCCACCUCCUCCCCCACAAGAGGACCAGGUUCCCUCAGUUCAUGUAGAAAUACAUCUUCCAAGAGACCAGUCUGGGGAGGUGGACUUCAAAGCACUGAUUUUACAGUUAAAGGAGACCUCCAGCUUCCAGGGACAAGCUGAUAUCCUCUACAUGCUAUAUACUAUGAAGGGACCUGACUGGGACACUGGAUUGUAUGAUGAAGGGAGUGCAACAGUCAGAGAGCUGCUUACUGAGCUAUAUAGAAAAGUUGGAGAAAUCCGUCACUGGGGCCUGAUCCGGUAUAUCUCUGGAAUCUUAAGGAAGAAGGUGGAAGCACUCGAUGAGGCCUGCACAGACCUUCUCUCCCACCAGAAACAUUUGACAGUGGGACUCCCUCCAGAACCUCGAGAGAAGACUAUCUCUUCACCUCUGCCCUAUGAAGUGCUCACUCAGCUGAUAGAUGAAGCCAGUGAAGGGGACAUGAGCAUUUCAAUCCUGACACAGGAAAUAAUGGUAUAUCUAGCUAUGUAUAUGCGAACUCAACCUGGCCUCUUUGCUGAAAUGUUUCGACUUCGAAUUGGUCUGAUCAUACAAGUUAUGACAACAGAACUGGCCCAUUCCCUUCGAUGCUCAGCUGAGGAAGCCACAGAUGGCCUGAUGAAUCUCAGCCCUUCAGCCAUGAAGAGCCUCCUGCAUCACAUUCUCAGUGGCAAGGAGUUUGGAGUAGAACGUAGUGUGCGCCCCACUGAUUCAAAUAUCAGCCCUGCCAUUUCUAUUCAUGAGAUUGGUGCUGUUGGAGCUACCAAAACUGAACGAACUGGGAUCAUGCAGUUAAAAAGUGAGAUAAAGCAGUCCAACGGUGGUCACGCCCUGGGUAUAGAUUUGAUGUCACCGUCUUUUCUGUCACCUGGAACCUCUGUGACUCCAAGUAGUGGCUCCUUUCCUAGUGCAUAUGAUCAACAGACAUUUAAAGAUAAUCGUCAAGGUCAAUGGCAACGUCGAAGACGGCUGGAUGGAGCACUGAACAGAGUCCCAAUUGGAUUUUAUCAAAAAGUAUGGAAAGUUUUACAGAAGUGUCAUGGACUUUCAGUGGAAGGUUUUGUUCUACCUUCUUCAACCACUAGAGAGAUGACUCCAGGGGAGAUUAAAUUCUCUGUUCAUGUGGAGUCUGUCCUAAAUCGUGUGCCUCAGCCAGAAUACCGCCAGCUUCUGGUUGAAGCCAUUCUUGUUCUCACCAUGAUGGUAGAUAUUGAAAUUCAUAGUAUCGGAAGCAUUAUUGCUGUGGAAAAAAUAGUGCAUAUUGCCAACGACUUGUUCCUUCAAGAACAGAAAACCCUCGGCGCAGAUGAUAUCAUGUUGGCAAAGGAUCCUGCAUCUGGCAUCUGCACUCUUCUGUACGACAGUGCACCCAGUGGCAGGUUUGGCACCAUGACCUACCUCUCCAAGGCAGCCGCCACCUACGUGCAGGAGUUCCUGCCCCACAGCAUAUGUGCCAUGCAAUGAGGCCUUUGGGCCCUGGCUACUAGGAGCCUUUUGCCAGCUGGUUCCUGCCUCUGCUGAUUGUGCAUGGAACUGAACUGUGAUGGCCUGAUCACUCCCACCCUACCACAAGAAGAGUAAACUUUUCUGACAAACUAACUGCUUUAGAAGAAGUGAACCCUUGCUCACCCAAGCUCUUCAUUGUGGUCCUUAAUUCUUUCAUGGGUCACAAAAGUAUGCAUGUGUUUUUAUUCUCUAGACAUGUUACACACUUAGUGUUCUAACGGCUGUUUAGGGAGCAGGUAUUAAUAAUAAUGUAUUCUUCAAGUUUGGUUUUCGUAUGUGUGGUUUCCUUGUGUGAAUGAGUA